AGGCUUCCCACCCCACUUAAAGUGGGGAAAUUACCGGAAACCCUCAGGAUUAAUAUCGGUAAAUGAUUUUCCGAUACGUAUCGGUUUAUCAUUUACCGAUUCGUAUUGAUAUAACAACAUCAGAUAGGUUUUGAAACCAUUUCCCUCCCCAAAUCUCUCCCAAACUUGCGUUCCACCACUCCAAGCUUCGGUCCCAUCAUCAUCAAAGCUUCCUCAAAGCACCGGAACUCCCAUUCCAUUACAUUCAAAAGGUAAGUUUGAUUUUUAUUGAUUCUCUCACAUUGAUUGAUGAUUAGAGGUAGUUGAUGGAUUAUUAGGUGAAUGUUGAACACUAGGGUAGUUGAUUAUUGAUUAGAGGUAGGUUUUAUUGACUGAAAUGGCAUGAAACGGUCAUGGGCACGAGUGGGUCGUUUCCAGUUCUGGUUUCUGGGUUACUGUAAAAUCGGAAAAACAUUUUCCGAUUCUGUAAUGGAAAAUGUUUUUCCGAUUCUGUAAUGGGAAAACAUUUCCCGAUUCUAAACCAGUUUAAGGCAGUUUAAAGCAGUUUUUUUAAGCCAGUUUUUUUUAGUUUUCCUCCAUCUAUUGGGCUGAAUAUUUUGUACAAAUUUUCAAAUAUUUUAGUGUCAUGACACUGGGAAAGGGUGUUGAUGGUAUCGGCUUAUUAGAACUAGGGAACUUCCUUAAUGUUGCAUUUUAGUUAUCUAGAUUGACAAAUUAGAAAGGGUGUUGAUGCUAUAUGAGAGAUGUUUGUUUCUAUAUGAGAGAUGUUUGUUGCUAUAUGAGAGAUGUUUGUACAAGUUGUAACUGUUAAAGUUGUUCAAGUUGUAAUUUGAUGUUAAAUUUGUUUGCUUUUCAUAGGAGAAUGAAGGGCGGGAGGAAGAGGUCUCGAUCUUCUACAGUCGAUGAUGCAGAGGAUCGCCACGAGCACUUGCAUGCUUCUACGCGGCGCGGCGACCAUCGAGCACCCAGUCAGGCGGUUGAGGAUUCGGCCCCGUCUCCGUCUCCGUCUGCUACUCCGGCAGGGGCUCCGUCUCCGUGUCCGUCUGCUACAGCUCCGUCAGGUGGUCCAUCUACUACAGCUCCGUCAGGUACUCCGGCUGAGCCUCAGCCUCAUCCUACUCCGGUCUCUCCGAUGGUUGAGUUACCUCUUGAGGAGACAUCUGGCGAGCAGUCUUCUUCGGAGCCCAGUGGCGAGGAGUCUGCUUCUGAGACUGCUUCUGAGGCCAGUGGUGAGGAGGAGGAGCCUCUUAUUCUCCAGGAGGAGAUUGAUGCUGCUGAUGUUGUGCCAGAGGGCGGUGUAGAGGGCGGUGCGGAUGACGACCUCAUCCAGAGGGUGGCACCGUUUCCCGGGGGGCCUGAGGAUCUGUCGCUUCUUGCGCAUUAUCCUGACCACAAGGCUCCUUGGACGUGGCAGGCACUUCUUCGCACAGACCCGCGGUACGUGGACCGUCGGACAUUGAGGGUGGCCACUGUUGGGGGGAAGGUAUGGAACCUCCCCUGUGAUGGCGAUUCAGAGGCCCACACAGCUGUGCGACAGCUGCUGCAGCAGACGGGUUUGUAUCACCUGCCUUGGUGCGGGUUACCGGAGACCGACCCAGCUGUCGUACUGGCCCUUGUUGAGAGAUGGCAUGAGGAGACGAGUAGCUUCCACAUGCCGUUCGGGGAGAUGACUAUCACCCUGGACGAUGUGUCGGCUAUUCUCCAUCUUCCCACAGGGUCGAGGUUCUACACUCCGGGCAGAGGGGAGCGAGACGAGGUUGCAGCGCUCUGCGCCCAGCUCCUGGGAGGAUCUGUUGCUGCUUAUCUGGCUGAGUUUGAGGCGGCGGGUGGCCAGAACAUUCGGUUCAUUACUUUGAAGACCAUGUACACGUCUGCUAUGGAUGGGGGACGCUAUGAGGAUGCUGCUAGGAUCUGGCUGGUGAACCAGCUUGGUGCCACCCUCUUUGCCAGCAAAAGUGGUGGUUACCACACUACUGUCUACUGGAUCGGGAUGCUUGAGGACCUCGGUCGCGUGUCGGAGUACGCGUGGGGUGCGAUUGCGCUGGCUUCGUUGUACGAACAGCUGAGUCGUGCUUCCCGCAGGAAGACAGCGCAGAUCGGUGGGUUCACCUCCCUCGUGCUGUCAUGGGCGUAUGAGUACAUAUCCAGCAGCGUCAUUAUCAGGACGGAGGUCCCCGGCUACACACAGGACCAGCCUAGGGCGCAGCGGUGGUCCACGUCUCGGAUCGCUCAUUCCGGACUCGAUGAGAGACGGGUCAUGCUCGAUGAGCUUACAGUGGAUGAUAUCACAUGGACCCCUUUUGAGGACCAUCGAGAUGUUCGACCGCGGGAUCCCAGGGCCCUCUAUUCCGGCUACAUCUGGACACCUUACGGCUGGUCUGUGAGCCUACAUCUACCAGAGCGGGUUAUGCGCCAGUUUGGCUUCAUACAGGACAUCCCCCGACACCCCUCUGAGAUCCAGACGACGGGGUCCCUUGCUGAGACCGCAGAUGCUGCCUAUGCUGAGUUUGAGCCGCACCUCCGCCCUCAGGGGAUACCUGCUACAUAUCCGGGAGAGGCGGUGGAGGGUUACAUGAGGUGGUAUAGCAGAGUGUCACAUGUGUUCAUCAUCCCUGAGGAUAGGAGGGAGGAGCUUAGUGCCGUGUCUGCCAUACGUAGGGGUGUGGAGUUGUUGGAGCAGUCCCUGGAGGUGUCAGGUGCUUAUGCUCCAGGGACACAGCCCCGGAUCCUCACGGAGAGGGCGCUCGAUCUCUUUCGACGGAGUUCCUUCGUUGGUACCCAGGGAGUUGCCUUUUCUGCUAUUCGAGGAGCCGUAGCUGCGGGAGGCAGAGCUCGUGGAGGCAGAGCUCGUGGAGGCAGACCCCGUGGAGGCGGAGCUCGUGGAGGCAGAGCUCGUGGAGAGGGUGAUCCUGGAGAGGGUGUUCGUGGAGGUCGAGCUCGUGGACCCAGAGGUCGCAGGGGGCGGGGUCGGGGAGAGUGAUUUUAUUACACUUGUUAUGUGGGAUCCAUUAUUAUGUAUAUGUUAGGACUUUUUAUGUUAUGUUAUGACUCUUUCCUCGUUUUAUUUGCAUGUGUUAUAUUUUUAGUCUUAA